AGCGGCGCGUCAGUAAUAAAACUAUAAAUUAUUAAUAUAAAUAUAAAGAUCGGAUUAUUGAAGCGGGCAGCAGGAACAUUAAAGCGAAUCUCUGAACUUAACUCUCUUAUUUAGUGUCCCAGGACCCCGUUAAUCCGUCUGAUUUAGUGGUUUUAUUGAGCUGUGAAAUGUCCGUGUCCGCCUCCCCAGUCUCCUCGCCGGGUUCAGGCCUCUCCGGCUCGGCUCCGGGCAUGUCGGUGUUCCGCUGGCUGGAGGUGCUGGAGAAGGAGUUCGAUAAGGCGUUCGUGGAUGUGGAUCUGCUGCUGGGGGAGAUCGACCCUGACCAGGCCGACAUCACUUAUGAAGGCCGCCAGAAGAUGACGAGCCUGAGUUCAUGUUUCGCUCAGCUGUGCCAUAAAGCACAAACUGUCUUCCAGCUCAACCACAAACUGGAGGCUCAGCUGGUGGAUCUAAAAUCAGAGGUAACCGAGGUGCAGGCGGAGAAGGUCGUGGUGGAAAAGGAGGUUCAUGAGCAGCUUCUUCAGCUUCACACUCUGCAGCUUCAGCUUCAUGCUAAAGCCGGACAGACCGUCGACUCGGGUUCCAUUAAAGACCGGAUGGAGAAGGAACUGAAGGCCAGUAAGAAGGAGAAGGUGAAGGAGGUGAAGAUGGAGGCGGAGGUGAGGAUGCUUAAGAAGGAGAGCGAGGCCCUUCGCAGGCACAUUGCGGUACUGCAGGCGGAGGUGUACGGCGCCAGACUGGCAGCCAAGUACCUGGACAAAGAGCUGGCCGGGAGGGUCCAGCAGAUUCAGCUGUUGGGUCGGGACAUGAAGGGACCUGCUCAUGAUAAACUGUGGAACCAGCUGGAGGCCGAGAUCCAUCUGCACCGCCACAAAACCGUCAUCCGAGCCUGCAGAGGGCGCAACGACCCCAAGAAACCCCUACCAUCACCGGCGGGACAUGACCCAGAAUCUCUGAAGAAGACUCAAGGCGUCGGCCCCAUCCGCAAAGUGGUUCUGUCCAAGGAGGAUCACGAGGGACUCGGCAUCUCAAUCACAGGAGGUAAAGAGCACGGAGUUCCCAUUCUGAUCUCGGAGAUCCACCCAGCUCAGCCGGCCGAGCGCUGCGGCGGGCUUCACGUGGGCGAUGCCAUCCUAGCCGUCAACAAUAUCAACCUGAGAGACGCUAAGCACAAGGAGGCGGUCACCAUCCUUUCCCAGCAGAGGGGGGAGAUUGAGUUCGAGGUGGUGUACGUGGCGCCGGAGGUGGACUCGGACGAUGAGAACGUGGAGUACGAGGAUGAAAGCGGUCAUCGCUACCGUCUCUACCUGGAUGAGCUGGAGGAGGGUUCGGCUGGCGCUCAAGGCAACGGCCCUGCUGAGCCUGCGCCGCUGCAAGUCGUGCAGAAGCAUUUGAGGUCGGGCGGAGCCGAGAACGGAGACACGGGCAUCUCCAGCGAGAGUCCUUCGGAAGAGACGCCCUCCAAGACGGCGCAGUCGCCCCAGAGCUCCUCCUGAAGAGUCGGAGAGACGACAGGGGCUCCGGGGGCGAGGGAGGGACGACGUGGAAACUCCGGCUGUGUAUUAUAUGUAACAUACGAGAGACGUGUUUUGUAUCGUACGGACGCCUCGAAGCGGGGAGCACUGGAGGGGCGUAGCUCACAUGGACGAGCUCAUGUAGAGGUGAAAGCAGGACUCGGUUCUGAUUCUGUGUGAGAGACGAAAUGCGCUGGUGGUUUUAUUACUGUGCAAUUACUGAUGCUCAGCAGGUGGGUCCCUGAACUGAGGUCCUUUAAUAUAAUUAUUCUACAUAUAAACUACUCAGAUAAAGAAAAGGUUUAAGGUCAAGUUCCCCAGACCAAAAAUGAGCUGCAUAAGAGUCUUUUAGGAGAUCAGGGUCACGGAUGUGGCCACAAUAUGUAGAAUGAGGUCCAGUAAUUUAAUUGCUUGGACAUAAAGCACAAAAGGCCACAUGCAUUUUCAUUUAUAAAACACUAUAUGGCCCAAGUCAUGGGCAUUCCAUAUUUUCCCACCGAGUGUGUCUGCGCCCAUAUUGUGCCCGUUUAGAGCUCGUAAUCGACAAUUCACUUCAUCCCUGAGAUGUUCAGUGGGGCUCAGAACUCAACCGAUCUCACAGGUAUGUCCGAGACACCUGAACACGGUAAUCAGUAGGCGUGUCCAUAUACUUUAGAUUUCGCUUAAAUGCCCCCUCAAACCUUAAAACCUCUCCAGAACAUGAGCGAGCCAUCUCCUGCCUGGAGAACACCUUCUCAUCCGUCCAUAUCACACUUUUCCAGUCAUCUACAGUCCCAUCAGGCACAAGCUCGGCUCACUGGUACACAGUUCAGGUCUCUAUGAAACGAUCCAGACCUUUACUGUCUGGUUUUUGGAUGUAGAUCUAUUGAAGU